GACAUGUACAACUGAUCAUCAGGGCACUGAUGAUCAGUGUGCCCUGAUGAUCAGUGCCACCUGUCAGUGUCCAUCAGUGCCUUAUGUCAGUGCCUUGUACCAGUGUCACAUCAAUGCCACAUAUCAGUGCCCAUCUGAGCUGCCUUUCAGUGUCCCACGUAUCAGUGCCAGUUCAGUGCGCCGCUAUCAGUGCGCGUCAGUGCCGCCUAUCAGUGCUGCCUAUCAGUGCCCAUCAGUGAUGCCCUGUCAAUGCCCAUCAGUGCCACCUACCACCUAUCAGUGCCCAUCAGUGCAGCCUCAUUAGCGGCACAUCAGUGAGGAGGAAAAAUCACUUAUUUACAAAAUUUUGUAACAAAAACUAAGAAAAAACAAUUUUUUUUUCAAAAUUUUCAGUGGUUUUUGGUUU